AUGGCGAGGGCAGGAGGCCCCUGGAAAUGGGCAAUGGCUACCCUGAUCUCAACCCUGGUUCUGGGGGUCUCAGAGCCUGUUCUUGCUGACAAUGUUUCCUCUUGUGACAACCCCUCUGGCACCGAACCCUCUGGGACCAACAGAGACCUCAACACGGAUUCCAAGACUGGGGAGGACGACCGUUCAGAUAGCAGCUCUCGAAUUAUAAAUGGGUCAGAUUGCAAAAAGGAUGCACAGCCAUGGCAGGGAGCCCUGCUUCUGGGACCCAACAAGCUGUACUGUGGGGCUGUGCUGAUCAGCCCACAGUGGCUGCUCACAGCAGCGCACUGCAGAAAGCCAGUGUUCAGAAUCCGCCUGGGCCACCAUUCCAUGUCACCUGUCUACGAGUCUGGCCAGCAGAUGUUCCAGGGGAUCAAAUCCAUCCCCCACCCCGGUUACUCCCACCCUGGCCACUCCAAUGACCUCAUGCUCAUCAAAAUGAACAGAAAAAUCCGUGGCUCUCACUCAGUGAAGCCCGUCGAAAUCGCCUCUGACUGUCCCCGCGAGGGGACCAGGUGCAUGGUGUCUGGCUGGGGGACGACAAGCAGCAGCCACAAUAACUUCCCCAAAGUCCUCCAGUGCCUGAAUAUUACCGUGCUCAGCCAGGAGAGGUGUAAAAACUCCUACCCAGGACAGAUAGACAAGACCAUGUUCUGCGCUGGUGAUGAAGAGGGAAGGGACUCCUGCCAGGGUGAUUCCGGAGGUCCUGUGAUCUGCAAUGGCAAGCUACAGGGCCUUGUGUCCUGGGGUGAUUUCCCCUGUGCUCAGCCCAACAGACCAGGUGUCUACACCAACCUGUGUGAGUUCAAUAAGUGGAUUAAGGACACCAUGAACUCCAACUAA